UUUGGUGAUCACAGAAGACCUGCCCUGCCCAGUCAACAGGAUGCAGACAGAGAACCAUAAUCCCAGAACUGAAGAAAUGGUCAGUGUAAUUAUUGAACUGCAACAAGCCCACAAAAUUGCAAAUGAGCAGCUUCAGAAAAGCCAGGCUGAAAGGGAAGCAUUGAAGAAAGAACUAGACAAAUUAAACACGGAAAAGACUCAUCUGGAGGAAAUCUUAAGCAUGAAGCAGGAAACCCUGAACACCCUUCAACAGCACUACAAAGAACAGGAAAACAAAAUCCAGAGACAACAGGCUAUGUCUCAGGACUGCAUCCAGAGGAUAACCGAUCUGAAUUCUAAGAUUCAGGAAGAGAAACUGAGAAGGAGGAAGCAGAGAAUGGAGUUUGAACAGCAGCUAGAGGAACUGAUAGAGAAGCACAAGGCUCUAUGGGAAUUACACACACCAGAGACGCUGGCUCAAGAAAUCAACAGUAUGGCCAGUAGCAAGGAGCAGCUCCUGAAGGAGGAAAACCUAAUUCAGGAGAAAUUGGAUGCCAUCGAGAAACAACUGCUUGGGCUGCCUCACCCCAGGGCUAGGGCCCAGGCUCUGGCUGUCAACAGCGUGGGUGCCUUCCUUCGAAGUGAGGAAGCUGCUGCUGCUAUGCACCUGUUUGAGGAGGAAAACAAGAAGGCCAUGCAGUUCCUGGAGGCAGCCUCUCAGCAUUACCACCAGCUGCAGCAGAGUUUGGACAAGCUGAAGAUGGAACUGGAAGCUGGUGGUCAAGGUGAUAUCAGAGGGCCCAAGGGGAGCAUUGCAGAGGCAGCUGCUGAGGGGGCCCUAGCAGAGCCUGUUGUAGAGCCCCCAAAGGCCUGGGAGAAGGAGCCGAAUAUUGACAGCAGCACAGGGAAACAUCCUACUGGGCAAGCCUCAGCUUCAUCCUAG